GUCGGACUCCGCGCCGCCGGUGGCGCCGCUGCACCGCAGGGGCCCCCUGCCGGUCAUCAUCGAGCGCAGGCGCAGCCAGCGGGACGAGGCCCAGGCGGCGCCCUCUGGCGGCCCCGCUGCCAGCCGCUCCAGCGCCUCGGGCGGCGACGGGCCGUCGAACUCGGAGGCCGUCACGGCCCUGGAGGAGUUCGCCGCGGCAGCGAUGGCGACCGCGGCGGUGGCCACCGCGGCGAAGUUUGGGAGGACCGUGCAGGAGGGGGGCUCUGGGCAGCAGCCGGCCGGCGCAGGAGGCGCGGCGUUGCCCGCGGCGACGAGAGCCGCGCGCAGCGACUUCGACCGCGAGGCGGACGCGUGGCCGGUGCAGGCCCCCGCGGAGGAGCCGGCCGCCCUGUGGGCCCCCGCGCAGGAGGCCAACACGCUGGAGGUGGGCUCGUCGCGGGCGUCGGUGCGGUCACAGGCCAGUUGCCGGAGGGUGGACGCCGACGAGGAGCAGGCCGAGGGCGAGGAACAGGCAGAGGCAGAGGCCGAGGAGGCGGCGGACGAGGGCGGCGAGGCGGAGGAGGUCCAGCUCGAGGGCGGCGAGGCGGAGGAGGACCAGCUCGAGGGCGGCGAGGAGGAGGACCAGCUCGAGGGCGGCGAGGAGGAGGACCAGCUCGAGGGCGGCGAGGAGGAGGACCAGCUCGAGGGCGGCGAGGAGGACGAGGCCGAGGGCGGCGAGGAGGACGAGCCGGAGGGCGGGGCGCAGCUGCUGCUGCUCGAGGACGAGCUCGGCGAUGAGGAGGCCUUCUGA